AUGACGCCCCCACACCGUCGAAUUGGUCCGUUCGUGGACGUGGACUUUGCCCUGAGACGCCAAUUCAACAAGACCUCUUUCCGACAGAUGAACCAGGUCGGGGCUCUCCGCAAAGCGAACAUAGACGCACGCACCCUCAACGGCUACACGUCGGCCGAGGAACGCACGAGCAUCUACCGCGACCUCGCUUCGGCCCACCCGCGCAUUCGUCUGCUCUAUGUCACGCCCGAGCUCUGCUCGAGCAGCCGCUUUCGUCAGCGCAUUCACCUGGUGCACGAACAGUGCGAGCUCGCCCGUGUCGUCGUCGAUGAGGCACACUGUAUCUCGGAAUGGGGUCAUGACUUUCGCCGUGAUUUCGUCAAGCUCGGAUGGUUCCGCCAAUCGUUCCCGGAUGUCCCCAUUAUGUGCCUGACAGCGACGGCCACGGAGCCCGUUCUCGACGACGUGCUGGAAACGCUCGGGAUCGGCGUGCAGAACACACUGACAGCACGGAGACGAGCAUCCCAGUCACAGCAUCUGAAAAUAUUUCGCCUCUCACCGUUUAGGCCCAACCUGUUUUUGGCCGUGCAGUUUGUGUCUAGCAGCGAAAAAGGAGAGCAAGAUCGUUUGACAGAUUUUGUUGCGUGGCUUCAUGGUCUGCAUCGAAAACCGCUGAAGCGAAAGAGACGUCUUCUUGUGCAUGCGUCACAGAGCCAGGACACCGAGGUGACAACGGUCCCAUCAGUGCCAGGAAUCAUAUACACGCUGUCCAGAAACGAGUGUGACUGUCUGGCUUCGGCCCUGAGGCAGAAAGGCAUCGGCGCCCGUCCUUUUCAUGCACAGCUGUCUCGUCAGGUCAAGGAAGAAACAAUGGCCAAGUGGCUGAAAGACGAGCCGGGAUAUGCAGUCAUUGUGGCGACAACUGCCUUUGGCAUGGGCGUCGACAAAGAAAAUGUGCGCUUUGUCGUGCACUGGCGCCUGCCCAAGUCUUUCGAGGGGUAUUGCCAGGAAAUCGGACGCGCUGGACGCGACAGUCGCCCCGCCACCUGCAUUCUGUACUACAGCCGCGGAGACGGAGAGCGCGUGUCCAAUUUGGUGGCCAGAAGUGGAACGAGGGCGGCAGAAACCAACCACCAGGCCGCUAGACGGGCCAGUCUCAGCAAGCUGAUCGAGUAUUGCGAAGCCGCUGACAAAUGCCGGCAUGCAGCUGUCAUCAUCCGGGCCAAGAAGAUCCUCGUGGCUGUGGGUGGCCGGCCGGCCAGCCCGCCAGACAUUCCGGGCGCCGAGCAUGGCAUCAACAGCGACGGCUUCUUUGACAUCGCCACACAGCCCAAGAAGGUUGCCUUGGUCGGUGCCGGCUACAUUGCGGUUGAGUUUGCUGGCAUGUUUAACGCACUCGGCACUGAGACCCAUCUGUUUGUCCGUCACAAGACAUUUUUGCGCAGCUUCGACCCGAUGGUCCAGGAGAGCGUCACGGCCAAUUAUGAGCGGCUGGGCGUGCACCUGCACAAGGAGGCCACUCUGACGCGCGUCGACAAGGACGCGACGACGGGCAAGUUGACGCUGCACUACGGCGAUGGCAACACGCUGAGCGACGUCGACACGCUGAUCUGGGCCAUUGGCCGCACGCCGCUGACUAAGGACAUUGGUCUUGAGAAGGCAGGUGUCGAGGUGAACGAGAAGGGCCUGAUCAAGGUGGACGAGCUGCAGAACACGUCUGUUUCCAACAUCUACGCACUCGGCGACGUCACGGGCCCCGUGGAACUGACGCCUGUCGCCAUUGCCGCAGGCCGGCGGCUGGCGCACCGGCUGUUCGGGCCGUCCGAGUUCUCAACACUGCACCUCGACUACAGCAACAUUCCGUCGGUGGUGUUUUCUCACCCCGAGGUCGGAUCGAUCGGUCUGACGGAGCCGCAGGCGGUGGAGAAGUACGGCAAGGACAACAUCAAGGUGUACAAGACUAGCUUCACGGCCAUGUACUACUCGAUGAUGGAGCAGGAGGAAAAGGGGCCGACGGCAUACAAGCUGGUGACGGUUGGGCCAGAGGAGAAGGUGGUGGGGCUGCACAUUCUCGGGCUGGGCAGCGGCGAGAUGCUGCAGGGCUUUGGUGUGGCCAUUAAGAUGGGUGCGACCAAGAAGGAUUUUGAUAACGUAGUAGCGAUCCACCCGACGAGCGCAGAGGAGCUGGUGACGCUGAAAUAG